UAAGUUUACGCUAAAUAGCAAACAAGUCUCACUUGGUUAGCACAAGCGAAGAAGAAAAAAUCAAAUUUAAAUAGCAAAAAACUGCCAUAAAUUUUCAUUUUUUGCUUGUGUUAAAAAUCAGUUUGUGAAAUUUACGAAGACAAUAAGUUGGAAUCGAUAAAAUAAAAUGCCUUCGUUACACAAUGAAAAUGAGAGUGACGGUGAUGGUGAUAUGUCCGAAAAUGAAUCACAACACUCAAAUUCAAGCCGUGAUGCAAAAGCUGAUUCUAGCGAAGCUGAAGAACCAGAUUCCGAUUCAUCCGAGCUCGAUGAACACGAAUGCGAACGUCGGACCGCCACUUUCGUCAAGUAUAUGACUGAUUUGGAACAACAGUUUUACACUUUGCGCGAGCAAUUAUUUCAGGAACGUAUCAAACAAAAUGAUUUACAUUUAAAUGAUGUGCGAAGUGGACGAUCUCAGGAAUAUUUGGAGCCAUUGAAGCAGCUAACAGAUCAUAUGCAAAAUCGAAUUGAAGUGGCGGGAGUACUAAAAAAGUUACGGCUUGAAAAUGCUAAUCAUAAAUUUCUUGCCGAAGAACAAGCUGCCAAACAACAUUUCGAGAGUGAAAAAGAAUUGUCGAAAGAUGCCAUUUAUGAAGAAUUGAUGGAGAAAAUCCGAAGAUUAGAAGAAGAUCGACAUAAUGUUGAUAUUUCAUGGGCUGAUUGGUCAACAAGUACACGUACAAGCAAAGUGCGCGGUCCUGGUAGAAAAAAAGCCGUCACCGUCUCUGGGCCAUACAUUGUUUAUAUGUUAUCCGAAGAACAAAUCCUUGACGAUUGGCGUCUCAUUCGAAAAGGAAUGAAAAAAUCAUCACCGCCAACAUCAUCUUGAAACUCAAACAAUUAACACACAAAUGCACGAAUGUUUAAGCCAUUUUUUUAGUAAAAAACAAAAAGUAAAUCAUAAGAAAUCGUUUGUAAUUUUCCCGAACUGAAUUCACAUUUAAAGUAAGUGAUAGCGAAAUGGUUGAAUGUGCUUUAAGAAUGUUGGGUGUUUAAAAAACUUAAUUCAGGUCCCGUGGUUUUUGGCUUGUAUGGGUUUUUUUUUCGUUCGAGUGUGAAUGAAUAAUUGCAUGUGUGUUUUCAUUGGAAAAUAAUUUUACAACAAAAACUGUCAUUUGAAUUUUUUUCAGUGAUUGAAAUCCGUUCAAAUCAUCAUUUGUAAAUAACAUAUAGUUUACGAAUAGAAAUUCAUUCACAUGCGAAACACAUCGAUAUUUUAUUUUGAAAUGUAACGAAUAAAGCAAUAGGAGAAAAAA